AAAACUAUUUGAAGUUUUUAUUUAUAAGUAAUUUUGAAUUCAUUGAAGACAUUCAUUGAUUGAUUGACUUAUUAUUACUUAUUAAUUGAUUGAUUGACGAGUUGUUAUGCGUUUGAUUUUCAUCUGAUCUCAAACGUGAUGGACAACUAUAUGAACAAAACGUACGACAAAAGUGGUUCAGUUAAGAGAGGUUUUUGGAUAUCGAUGGACGACACGAACAGCAGUCGACCCGAAGAUGACAUGUUGUCGACGACGACCACUGCCGAGUCCGCCAACAAAACGCAUACAAUUGGCAAUACUGAGUACACAAUGGACUAUCGCCGCGGAGGAGGCGGUGGUUUCAAUUGGAUUCCCAUUGAGAUCAACACUGCGGUGACAAAUGAUGACGAUGACCAAUACCACGACUUGGAGAAUGAACAACGGACGCGACCGAUGAAGAAACAGAAAAACUUUGGCCUCAGUUGGGUCCCAUUGGGCGAGAAUUCAGUCAAUGUCAACAACAAUGAUAGCGACAACACCGCCGCUGAUCACAAGUUUUCGGUUCCCCAACGAUUGCCUAUGAAAAUCAAGAAGAAGUUGACGCCGGCAAAGGUCGCGACACCAGUUCGGCGAACAAGUCUUAACUCUUUGAGAAGAGAAACCUUUCGAGUGAGUCCUAAGUCGCGAACACCACUUAAUUUGAUGUCAAAUACCAUAAUAAAGACCAAAAAAAGACGAUCCAGUGGUUCAAGUGGUGCGUCAUUUAUUCUGACGCCAAGAAAUAAAUCGGCAAUCAUUCAAUCACUUAGUACGCCAUCAAAAUCGGCGACCAAAUCGUAUUUCGGUAUUGAAGAUAUUCAGUACAUGUCGUGGUGUAAUACAAUGUUGGCGCCCAAAGUUGAUGAUAAAAAUGACAAAAUUGAUUGCAAUCUAUUGAUUAUGGAUUGUUUUAACUCAACUAAAGUCGAAAUCACUGUCUGUCCGACUAAAGAACAAAUGUCUGCUCAAACCUAUAGAGAGUCGUUAAAGUGGAACAGUUUGAGAAGUACUGCGCUGGCAUUGUAUCAGUCAAAUGAUGUCAAACGUGUUAACUCGAAAAUGUUGGCCGACAUCCAUAACAGCAAGUUUGCCGUACGUAAGGAUCGAGCCAUUCAUGCGGACAUUGGUUUUCGCAAACAUAUUAUAGAUCUUUUGUUGUCAUAUAAUCCUCUGUGGCUUAGAAUUGGUUUGGAAACUAUUUAUAAUAAUAAGAUUGAAAUGACCACCAAUUCAUCCAAUCAGAUGCGCUUAAUUCUUGGAAAGUUUAUCGCCCAAAACCUAUUGGUUUCGAAAGAAUUGAUUGCCAAAUAUGGACACAAAACUGUUGUUAACUUCUUUAAAGACGAUCACCACAUAUUGGAGGCUAAAAAAUAUAUUCUCAUAAAAUUUUUGAAUUUACUUAAUUUUUUGGACGCCGCUAAACAAAGAAGACUCAUUGAACACAAUCCGUGUUUGUUCAGGCAUUCAGCCACUAAUAAGUCGACAGUGGAUCUGAUUAUAUCGUUUGCUCGCGACUACAUCACUGGUGUCGGAGAUAUAACAAAAUAUUUACGAAGCAUCGGGUUUUCGCUGAAUUAUAAACAGACACCUAUUGAAGAGUAUGAUUUUCAAGUGGAAAACUUGGCCAUCGAUUUUCGCGAUGGUAUACGAUUGGCCCGAUUGGCUGAACUGUGUACUGAACAUAAACAGUUGUUAUCUAAACUACUGUAUCCGAGUAAUAAUAUUACAAGAAAGUUGCAUAACAUUGAUGUGGCUCUCAAAGCAUUCGAUCAGAUUGUUCCCAACGGUAUUUCACCGAAAGAUAUAGUUUAUGGUCACCGGAAAAAGACAUUUGCCUUAUUGGAUGCCAUUAUAUUUAAACACAAAGAAGACGAACUGUUAGCUGAAGAACAAUUGCGCGAACAGAGCGCUAUAGUUAUUCAAAGACUAUUCAGAGCUAAUCGAUUGAUGAUAAAAGAUCGACAAUAUUUCCAAUCACUUAAGAGAUCAGCCGUUUUGAUUCAACGCAAAUUCAGAGCCAAUCGUUGUACUAAAGGAGAGGAAUAUCAUCAGUAUAUUACUAUUAAAAGAUCUGCGAUUUUUAUUCAACGCUGGUUUAGAAAAAAUAAACUAAUGAAAGAAGAAAGACAACAGUAUUUAACUUUGAGAAAGACUGCCAUUUGGAUGCAAAUGAAGAUCAGAUCGAAUCGACUGAUGAGACAACAAAGGAAUCGCUAUUUAAAUCUUAAAACUGCUGUCAUUCGUACGCAAAGCAUAUUCAGAGCUAAUAAAUUAAUGUCUAGAGAUCGCCAACAAUACCAAUCACUGAAGAGAUCCGCUAUUGUUAUUCAACAAUGGUUUAGAGCGAACAGACUUAUGAGAGAAAAGAUGGAACAAUACAUAAUGUUGAAGAAGUCAACUCUUUGGGUUCAAAUGCAGUUUAGAUCGAAUAGACUUAUGCGUCAAGAAAGAGAAAACUAUUUGAGUCUGAAAUCAACUGUUAUUUGGACUCAAAACAUGUUUAGAGCCAAUAAAUUGAUGUCAAGAGAUCACCAACAAUACCAAUCAUUGAAGAGAUCCGCUAUUGUUAUUCAACAAUGGUUUAGAGCGAACAGACUUAUGAGAGAAAAGAGGGAACAAUACAUAAUGUUGAAGAAGUCAACUCUUUGGGUUCAAAUGCAGUUUAGAUCGAAUAGACUUAUGCGUCAAGAAAGAGAUAAUUAUUUAAAUUUAAAAACUGCUGUCAUUCGGAUUCAAAGCAUGUUUAGGGCUAAUCAAUUGAUGUCGAAAGAUCGACAACAAUACCAAUCACUGAAGAGAUCCGCUAUUGUUAUUCAACGUUGGUUUAGAAAAAAUAAACUAAUGAAAGAAGAAAGACAACAGUAUUUAACUUUGAAAAAGACUGCAAUUUGGAUGCAAAUGAAGAUCAGAUCGAAUCUACAGACGAGACAACAAAGGAAUCACUAUUUAAAUCUUAAAACUGCUGUCAUUCGUACCCAAAGCAUAUUCAGAGCUAAUAAAAUGAUGUUAAGAGAUCGCCAACAAUACCAAUCAUUGAAGAGAUCCACUAUUGUUAUUCAACAAUGGUUUAGAGCGAACAGACUUAUGAGAGAAAAGAUGGAACAAUACAUAAUGUUGAAGAAGUCAACUCUUUGGGUUCAAAUGCAGUUUAGAUCGAAUAGACUUAUGCGUCAAGAAAGAGAUAAUUAUUUAAAUUUUAAAACUGCUGUCAUUCGGAUUCAAAAUAUGUUUAGAGCUAAUCAAUUGAUGUCAAAAGAUCGCCAACAAUACCAAUCACUUAAAAGAUCCGCUAUUGUUAUUCAACGAUGGUUUAGAGCGAACAGACUUAUGAGAGAAAAGAGGGAACAAUACAUAAUGUUGAAGAAGUCAACUAUUUGCGUUCAAAUGCAGUUUAGAGCGAAUCAAUUGAUGUCAAAAGAUCGCCAACAAUACCAGUCGCUGAAGAGAUCCACUAUUGUUAUUCAACGACGGUUUAGAGCUAACAGAGUUAUGAGACAAAUGAGGGAACAGUACAUAACGUUGAAGAAGUCAACUAUUUGGGUUCAAAUGCAGUUUAGAGCGAAUCGACUUAUGCGUCAAGAAAGAGAAAACUAUUUGAGACUGAAAUCAACUGUUAUUUGGACUCAAAACAUGUUUAGAGCUAAUCAAUUGAUGUCAAAAGAUCGCCAACAAUACCAAUCACUGAAGAGAUCCACUAUUGUUAUUCAACGUUGGUUUAGAUCGAACAAAGAUAUGAGACAAGAGAGGAAACAAUACUUAAUAUUGAAAAAGACAACCAUUUGGGUCCAGAAGAUAUUUAGAUCGAAUAGACAGAUGAAAUACGAUAGGCAACACUUUGUUCAACUUCGACAGUCAGUCAUUUUGAUCCAAAGACGUUUCAGAGACAAGUUAGUCGAUUUCAGAACAAAAAGAGCUGCGAUUAAGAUACAGUCUUUCUGGAGAGGAUAUAAAACUCGCAAACAGAUCCACGAAGAAAACGCCAAAAUUCAAUUAGCUUUCCAACGAAUACUGACGUCCACAUCACUGGCCACUAAAGACAUGCAAUUAGGAAAUCGGACACAAAAUGCUUUGCAGAAAUUAUUGGCCUACGAUUCACUUCUACACUUAGCCUAUGAUUUGUCAGCUCUCGAUAGGACAACCAAAUUGUCGCCCGUGUCUUGCGAAACACUUGUCCUCUACGGUGCCGUCAAAAUAUUGAUUCAAAUACUUAAUGAAUCCAAUCGUUCCGAACCACACAAACAGAUUGUCGUUCUCACUGUUAAUAUACUUUUGAAUUUAGCAAAAUAUGAGAAAACACUCGCAAAUUUGGUCAACAAUUCCCAAACAAUUGAUAUAUUAUUUAGGAUAAUAAAAAACUUUAGUCGUUGUCCACAACUUAUCUGCAAAUGUUUUACACUAUUGUCUAUUCUGUUGAACAAUAAAGUGUUAUUUGAGCACGUAAUGUCGGAUACGCGCAAGAUUUGUGCCAUCAAACAGAUUAGUGAUGCCUUCAAAAAAGAUAAAUCGUUUAAAAAAUACCGAUUGAAAAGUGUUUAUAAAUUUUGGCCCAAUUGGCAAAUCGCCAAAUCAAAUGUCUAUGAAUUUGAUAACCAUUUCCUGGCAAUACAGGUGAUCGCCCGACUCCUUAAGAUCGAUUGAUUGGAUUAUUUUUUUUAUUAAUUGAUUGAUUUCCUUCUGAUAU